AUGAAGUACCUCGCUUUGUUGCUGAUGGUUUUGUGUUUGGCGAAGGCAUUCAUUAUCGAGAGCGAAGAAGACCCCGAGCUGGAAAUAGAGGUGCACUUUUCAUGAAAUCUAUUGAUAUCUCUUUGAGAGGGCUUCUAUAUUAACGUUUGUCUAACCUACAGAGUAAAUAGACUUACUCUCAGUCAAAUUAUUUUUUCAAGGAACCUGUCGCCACCAUGAACGAUGAACCUAAUCCUGCGAUACUAAACGAGGGAGAAAACGGUAAGUUUGUAAGUACAGUUUAUCCUUUGAAAUUUUCGGGAGGGAGAAGAAUUCGAAGCGAUAGCUAAAUAGUCACUCACUAAACUCCCAGUUGCAUGAUAGUUAUGCAUGACCAGGGUAAGCCAAACAUUGUUGCGGAGACGACUGACAGCUUUCUGUUGACACUUGAACGCGCAAACAAAACUUCGCAGUAAUGCGGCUUUCUUUACGAGUAAAUCUCCCUGUCCUUCCGACCAUAGAGGAAAGUAGUUUCUAAGAGAAAUAAUAUUCAGUUUAUUAGCCUCUUGGCUCAUGUGGAAACUUAAUCUUACUUUUCAUUUUCCAGAAAAGCCUGUGAAACGACACUUUUACGGAUACGGCCGCUAUGGUGGUUCCCGCCAUGGUUCCCGCUUUGGUGGUUCCAGCUCUGGUGGUUCCCGCUUUGGUUCCCGCUAUGGUCACCGCUAUCGCUAUUAUGGCAAAAAGUGA